GCAGCUCCAGCGGCGUUUAAUGGCUCCAACUGGCGACCGGAGACCUCGGCUCUAACUGGCCACCCCGCCACCGACUUCUACUUCUGUUUCUGAUUCCGAAUCGGAUUCUUUUUGUUGCUGAAGCGGGUUCUCAGGCGGCGUUGGCUAAAUGUCAUAGCGGCGGAUGCACCGAGCAGAUUAAUCAUUAAUCACAUGCCCAUCCGAGAGUACGAGACUUCCAAUAUGCGGAAAUUACUUGCAUCUAGCUGUAGUCUCCAUAUGCCCCAUUCCCAACAUACCCAUCACCUGGUGGCCGAUCAUUUCCGCCGACGAGUUGGGUUCCUUUAUUUUGCCUUUAUUUUGACACUGGGCCAGCAACGGCAAUUACUGGCGGCGGUGCCACCGAAAACCCUCCUCCCUUCCGCCCUGAUUUAUGAGUUUUUAAUGAGCGGCCACUUUACACGAAUUCAAGUUAACAAGUGGAGCCGCGUAAGGCCAAUAUCGCAAGUAGUAUCGCCGGCCAUCGCGCCUUGACAUUCGAGUCGUGCGAAAUGACAGAUGAAGAUGCAACAAUGAUACGCUCAAUGGGCGUUGGAAUGCACAAUACCCUAACUAAAUCUGAAAGAAUGUGUCCACUCAAGGGAAGUGUACAAUUCUAUUUCCAUUCUCUCAAACGCUUUUCAAAUUAAAUAUUUAGGGCUGCCACACCAAAGCAUGUCGAUACAUACAGUUAUCGAAACUGAAAAAUAAUACUAGGUGUGUACACACUUGACGAAACGUUACAAUUGUCUACUAUUGAAGUAUCAAAAAGAAAGAAAAAAUACAUUAAAAUGGAUCCGACGAAGUCUAAGACCAAAGGGAAUAAGGCCAACUCCACUUUGACGUCCCCUACUCCUUCCCCGGAGAAGCAACCAAAUGGAUUUGAUCUUGGGCUCGAACCAUUGCGGAUCUUAGGAGCCUGCGACUGGUCCGGCGAGCUGACCUUUUUGAUGCAGUGGAAGGGCUGCGACCAAGCGGGCUUGGUGCCCGCCACGGUGCUCAACAAUCGGUGCCCCCAAAUGGUCAUCGCGUUCUACGAGGAGCGUAUUGUGUUCAAGGAUGACUGCGAUGAAGACUCCUUGGACUCGGACUGUGGGUAUGAGACCACUCCGAGUCCCAAGAAGAAACGGGCACCAAGUGCCUAGUCCAUAAAACAAGUACACAAAACGAUUCUUACUGUUGAGCACCGAAGACAUUGCGGAUCUAUGUAUAAAUACCGCCAAUAAAGAGUAUUGACUCUUC